ACGGAUUGCGAAAGCGCAUCUAAUAUUUGCCCGUUUCUCGGCCGUUUAAACGUCGCCGUCAUCUUCCCCAAACUCUUCUUCUUCACUCAUGUUUCUUGGAUAACUUUACAUUCAAAUGGAGAUUUGAAUUAUGUUUCCGUUCAUUUCAAGAUCGUUGAAGUAUUCUUGCUUUAAUUUGAAUCGAUUCCUUUGAGAACUUUAUAAGAAAAACCCUAGGAUUUAACUUUUUGUGUGACAGCAGCGCGGUUGAUUAUACAUGGCAGGGGCAUCGCUUGCAGGAUUACAAGAUCAUUUGAAAUUAGCUAGAGAAUAUGCACUUGAAGGUCUCUAUGAUACCUCCGUUAUCUUCUUCGAUGGCGCCAUCGCUCAGAUCAACAAGCACUUGAGCUCCCUUGAUGAUCCCCUGGUUCGAUCAAAGUGGAUGAAUGUGAAAAAAGCUCUUUCAGAGGAGACAGAAGUUGUGAAACAAUUGGAUUCUGAGAAGAGAUCUUUCAAGGAGACUUCAAUGGGUAGAAGGGCGUCUUCACCUCCUAUAUCUACAAAUAAAUCAUCAUUUGUUUUUGAACCACUGGAUGAGUACCCAACUUCUUCUGGUGCUCCAAUGGAUGAUCAUGAUCCUGAUGUGUGGAGACCACCCAGUCGAGACACAUCAAAUAGAAGAUCUGCAAAAGUUGGAGUAGGGGGUGCAAGGAAAUCACCACAAGAUGGAGCUUGGGCUAGGGGUUCUACUAGUACUACCAGAGGUGGAGCCACUGCUCGUGGAGGAAAAGCUGGUGCUUCUAGUAGGGUUAACUCAGGAGUUCGUGCAUCAACUACUGGGAAAAAAGGCAGUGGCUCAGGGAAGCCAAAUUCUUCAAAGGAUGAUUCCAUGAAUGGAGAUGGUGAAGAGCACACAUCAAAACGAGGGCAGUAUGAGGGGCCUGAUCAUGACUUGGCUGCAAUGCUUGAAAGGGAUGUCUUAGAGAACACCCCUGGAGUAAGAUUUGAAGAUGUUGCAGGUUUGAACGAAGCAAAAAGACUUCUAGAGGAAGCUGUGGUUCUACCUUUAUUGAUGCCUGAUUACUUUCAGGGGAUUAGGAGGCCAUGGAAAGGUGUUCUUAUGUUUGGUCCACCUGGCACUGGGAAAACACUACUGGCUAAAGCGGUUGCAACGGAAUGUGGGACCACAUUUUUUAAUGUUUCUUCAGCUACUUUGGCUUCAAAAUGGCGUGGAGAGAGUGAGCGCAUGGUCAGAUGCUUGUUUGACCUGGCCAGAGCUUAUGCCCCAAGCACAAUUUUCAUUGAUGAGAUUGAUUCCCUUUGCACUUCUCGUGGGGCUUCAGGGGAACAUGAGUCUUCCAGAAGGGUUAAAUCUGAACUUCUAGUUCAGGUGGAUGGUGUAAACAACGCAGGCACAAAUGAAGAUGGUAGUCGCAAAAUAGUAAUGGUUUUGGCUGCUACAAAUUUUCCAUGGGAUAUAGAUGAAGCAUUAAGGCGGCGUUUGGAAAAGCGUAUAUAUAUUCCCCUCCCAAAUUUUGAGAGCAGAAAAGAGCUUAUAAAGAUUAAUUUGAAGACGGUUGAGGUAGCUGCUGAUGUGGACAUUGCUGAUGUGGCACGUCGAACGGAGGGAUAUAGUGGUGAUGAUUUGACAAAUGUAUGCCGAGAUGCUUCGUUAAAUGGAAUGCGGCGUAAGAUAGCAGGAAAGACUCGUGAAGAAAUUAAAAACAUGUCUAAAGAUGAUAUGGCAAAAGAUCCAAUUGCCAUGUGUGAUUUUGAAGAAGCCAUUACCAAAGUCCAACCUAGUGUUUCUGCAGCUGAUAUUGAACGCCAUGAAAAAUGGUUUUCAGAAUUCGGAUCUGCCUAACAAAAAUAACCCAAAACCUUUUUUCGUGUGAUGUGUAUUGUAUGUUAUUGCCAAUUGUGAAAAAUUCUUUGGUUGUCAUGUUGUGAAAAAUGGUCUCUAAGUGCGGACAUUACUUUUUGAUC